AUGCUAGGAGUAUUCCGUUUCACGCAAGUGAGGGACGGGAUUCGAAGUUCUCUCCUACGUCAGCGAUCGAAGAUUAGAGACGCCGCUGCGUUUGCCAAGGAAAGUAAAAUAAGGUGGGCCGGACACGUGAUGCGCUUUAAUGACAACCGUUGGACCAGAGCCGUGAGCGACUGGGUUCCCCGCGAUAUUAAGCGCACUACAGGAAGACCGCCGACCCGAUGGUCAGAUUUCUUCACGAAGUCCUUGAAAGAAAAAUAUGAUGCUCUUCGUGUCCCACGCGAAAGGAGGAACCACUGGGCUACUCUGGCACGCGAUCGGGACAAAUGGAAGAAUUACUGGCGCCCGCUCGACCAGUUCGAAGAUCAACGGGAGUCAAGGUGA